GAAUUUCAUUCGCUAUAUAUUUGAAAUGUUUAAAAAAUUGAUUGUAAGAAAAAAAUCUCUUCGUCCAGAAUUGGAGGAAGUUAUUAAAAUUCCGAUCGCUAAAAAAAUGACGAUGUCAUGUUGAUGGUAUAACAGAACGGAACGGUGGAAUAACGAAAUAAGAAUCUAGGAACGUGGAACAUGUAUAGGAAUAUGUAUCCGGUUUGUGUGAGUUUCCCGUGCCCUCUCACCUUAAUCUCACGUCUGUCAAACGGUCGUGAAUAUUCGGAAGAUGUGAGACUUCGGGAAGUGGGCACGCUAAGAAAAUAGCAUCACGAACAUUCGCAUGAUGCCUUGACGUUCAAAAUACAUUACGACCGCCGAUGCUCCGAUUUAUUUGCGGUAACGACAAGAAAGCAUUCGACGGAAAAGGGAGCGAACUGAUCUUAAACGGUGCGCACAGCAAUGGCCACGACAGAAGGAGUCACGAUAGAGGAACUCAGGAUCGAGAUCGAAAGGCUAUCACGGGAACUAGAUUUAGCUUCUACGGAAAAAAUACAAUCUGCUCAAUACGGUCUCGCUUUGCUCGAGGAGAAGUCCGCCCUGCAACAAAGAUGCAACGAUCUCGAGGCCCUCUACGAAAACACGAAACACGAGCUAGAAAUCACGCAAGAGGCUUUAGCAAAAUUUCAGACAACCACAAAGUUAACUACCAAAAGUGGUAUAGAACAAGAAGAGACUCUUCUUAACGAAAGUGCUGCAAGAGAAACAUCUCUUCAGACACAGAUCAUCGAAUUGGAAAAUGAAGCCAAACAGUUACGUCAUGAAUUGGAACUUGUGCAAGCAGAACGUGAUCAUGCGUUGCAAGAACGUGAAGAAGUUGGAAAAGAUCAUCAACAAGCAGAGGCAGAAAGGAAAUCCUUACGUACUAUGUUACGUGAAUGUAGAUUUCGAGAAGCUCGACUUCUCCAAGACUAUUCGGAAUUGGAAGAUGAGAAUAUUUCAUUACAGAAACAAGUGUCUGGUUUAAGAUCCAGUCAAGUAGAAUUUGAAGGUGCCAAACAUGAAAUAAGGAGAUUGACAGAAGAAGUGGAACUUUUAAAUAGUCAAGUUGAAGAAUUAACAAAUUUAAAAAAGAUUGCUGAGAAGCAAAUGGAAGAAGCGCUUGAAUCUCUACAAGCUGAGCGCGAAGCAAAAUAUGCUCUUAAAAAGGAGUUGGAUCAAAGAAUUAAUAGCGACUCAAUUUAUAAUCUUAGCAAUCUUGCACUUUCUAUUAGAGGAAUUACAGAAGAUCAAACAAUAUGUAGUGAUGGGGAAGAUGAUUCUCCUGCAUUACGUAGAAUUGAAGCAGACUUAAAAACUCAAGAACCAGGGACUUCUGCUACUGAUAAGCAAGUUGAUUUAUUCUCUGAGAUUCAUUUGAAUGAAUUGAAAAAAUUAGAAAAACAAUUAGAAUUAGCAGAAUCUGAAAAAGCUCAUCUUACGCAAAAUUUGCGGGAGUCGCAAUAUGCAGUUGAGAAAAGUCAGAAUGAAUUACAGUCCUUUGUUGCGCGUAUAGUGCAACUAGCAGCUCAUGUGCAGUCAUUACAUCACCUUCACUCCAAGUUACCUGAAAAACAAACUGAAGAAACAACAUUAGAUAAGUUAAAUCAGGCGAUAAUGCAGUAUCAUCAAUGGAGCACUAUGUCCGCGCGUGAAGUGAAUCAACUACAAAAGGAUUUGGCUGACUUAGAAAAUGGUUUAACUAUAUCUGAUUCAACUCAACAACUGCGUACAGAAUUAACAAAUCUUAGAAACAAGAUCCCCGAGUCAGAGAAGAGCCUUCGAGAAAAGGUUGGAACGUGUGGUCCCUUUGACCUUUUAGAUACAGAACAGAGAAGCGUACAACUUGAAUCCGAUAUUUCUAUUCUCUCAAAACUUGCAGUGGAAGCUGGUGGUUUUCUUGAUUCUGCUCAAAACGAUUUGCAAAAUAUCUCUGACGAAUUAGCGCAACUUUAUCAUCAUGUUUGCACCGUUAAUGGAGAAAUUCCUUCACGGGUGGUCCUCGAUCACGAGAAGAUCGUCCCAGAGAAGGAAGAAGAGAAUGGAAAGAUAGAAUGGUGUCGGACUUUGUUUAAAACCGACAUUCAAAUUAAGGACUUAGAAAGUCUGAGUAAAGCGAAAGAAGUCGCCAAACAUAUAGAAACUGCGAUGGAUCAAAUAAAACACCUUCGAAGUGCAGUAGAGCAUACGAUCGAACUUUCCAAAGUUAAAGGAAUGCAGUCGAAUGUCUGUAACGUUUGCGAGGGUUCAGUGAAUGAGAACAAGGCGGAAGUAGCAGAUUUACAAGAACAAGUAAUUAGAUUGAAGGCCUUGUUAUCGGCUAAACGCGAGCAAAUCGCGACUUUGAGAACGGUGCUUAAAUCGAACAAGAAUACCGCAGAAGUUGCACUUACGAAUUUGAAGGGCAAAUAUGAAAAUGAGAAGAGUAUCGUUAAUGAGACUAUGUUGAAACUGAGAAAUGAGCUUAGAAUGUUAAAAGAAAAUGCUGCAACAUUCUCAAGUUUGCGUGCGAUGUUUGCCGCACGUUGCGAAGAAUAUGUGACACAAGUUGACGAGCUCCAACGUCAAUUAGCCGCUGCAGAAGACGAUAGGAAAACAUUGAAUUCCCUGUUACGUCUGGCCGUGCAGCAAAAACUCGUUUUGACUAUGAAAUUGGAGGAACUGGAGGUCGAUCGAGAAUUACGGAAUACUCGAAGACACGCCACUAGUGCAAAUGGACGAGGUAGAAUGCGAAUGUCGCAACAGACGAACCGUCCUCAUUUAGGCAGAGAUUUCUUCUAGAAAAUGAUGAAGAUGUGGAGCAAGCUGUUCUGAGAAAAACGAGGAUUUUAAACUUUUCUUUUUUACUGUUUAUUGUCACAUUAUCUGCAUUCCUACAGAAAAAAUGUAGCUAUGCUUGCUCAAGAUUACUUUUUACCACAGUAGCAGAACAGGGAAACAAGUUAGCAUUACAAACAUUUUUUUCAUCGUGCAAUUUACUACAAAUAUAGAGUAGGACUAUGGAUAUAUUAUGUCGUGUGAAUAUUUUUACAAAUUUCGACUUCAUCUGAUAAGGUUGAGAGACUAAAGAUUGUUCUCGUUGCGAAGAACAGCUUUUCUAAUACGCGUUACAAGGGACAUGGAUCAGGACAUUGAAAAGUUUUGAAAUGUUCAUAUGUUCUUGUAUCGAUGUUGCUCCAUAUCGUAGAAACUGAUAGAAAUCUCUGCCUCCUGUUACCAAUAUUGUUAGUAGAGAUGUCUAACAAGCAUAGAAUGCGUUUCUGUUGUGCAAGAUUUUUAUUUCAUGCGGCGACAUUGUUGCAGAGUUGCUAAAAUAUUCUAUGCUUGGAGAUUUAUUCACGCAGAAUCGAUCAAUGAUUCUCGUGAGUAGCACGCUUAUCGAUAUCUAGAAUUGAUUUUUAAUCGAUUGUCCUUUCUUUAACGGAAUGUGGAAUUUUAAUUGUAAAUGUUUUUAUUUCUACAGUUUAGCAAUCGUAUAUUCUUCUUCGUAGCUAGAUUUAUAUUUUUCACUUUUCGGUAUGAUAUUGAGUAUUAUUGUGUAAUCAUAUAGAAAAUAAUUCCGCAUGGAUGGUUCAUAUGGUUAUAUAGUAAGUUUUUUCUAUUAAGGAGAAUGCAUGAUAAAAUGAACGUAUACUGUUUUUAGGUAGACAAAGGAAAAGAAAAACGAGAACUUUACAUUGCAUACCAUAGAGACAAUAUUAUUGUGCGCGACCGUAGAGUUUAUAAUCGUUUAUAAUCAAAGUAGAAUGGAAAAAAAAAUCGUAGACGUGUAGAGUUGAGAAAAAAAAGUACAGAGUAGCAGAAUAACAGAAUUAGGGACCCAUUCUCCAAGUAGUUUCUCAGAUUAAUACACUUUGAUCGUGACAAAGAAGUAUUAUUUUACCAUUUGUGCGAAAACAGUUUUAUUAUAUUUUAUUCCACACUUUUAUUUCAAUCACUGUUUUUCAAUGCAUUUUGACUCGUUUUUCGAUGGAUUAUUAUUAUACGAUAGUAUUUUGUGAUUUUAUUAUUUUCGUGAGAAAGGAUUUUUUUGUAGUAUUUCAUAAAACUUGGCCUAAAUAGGCUUCGAAUCAAUUUUGUGUAAUUUGGGCAGCUUCUUAUUGUUAUUAUUAUUAUUAUUAUUAUUAUUAUUAUUAUUAUUAUUAUAUAUAUAUAUUAGCGAUAUUAUUGCAUUCACUAUAAUUUUAUUUAAUAAUUUUGAUUGUUGUUAAUUUAUGUCUGUUUAUCUAUUUUAACCAUUUUCUUUUUAACUAGCAGCUGUGCUUUUUGGUAUUGAUCAAUGCAUAAUAAUUGCUUUAGUGAUAUUGGAUUUUAGUACUUGACACAGUUAUUGAUGAUAGAAACAUAACUAAUUACCAGAUGCAAGCUAAGGUGGUUAUAUAUUAUUUAUGAAUAUGCAUGCUACUUUUUUAAUUUCUUAAAUUUUCGAGCCUCCUUGCACAAUUGAACUAAUAUUAUUAGCGAAAUUUUCCAAGCUACAAGAUACAGAUAGUGAUGGGUUCAAAUACGUCGCAAGUAGGUUUGAACAGUGAUUCACUAGAUUUGAAUCGUUUAUAAGCAUUUCGAAAAAACGAAGCAGUACUUUCGUGUAGAUUCGCAGUAGAUUCGAACUUGAACGCGAUAGAUUCGAAGUAGAUUCGCCUUGCAGAGGUAUAAAUAUGAUAUAUGGUGCUUUCCUGACGCUCAUGACUCGAUUAGUGCUUGUAAGAGUAUUUAUUCAUUCCAGUAUCGAUCUACUUGUAAGUAGAUUUUCGAAACUCGAGUACUCAGUCUGAGAUUUGAAAAUACCUUUUGUAGAUCGGAUACUUGACAAGUACAAUGAAUGAAUCAUUACAUGUUAUGAGUACUAUUCGAACCCCAUGAAGCGAACCUUGUCUAUUAGAUAUGACUCUGAUUUAUAAGCAUUAAGCACAUAUCGAACCUGAUCCCAUCACUAGUUACAAGUUACCAAUGCUAAUUAAUUCUCUUGCGCAACAGUAACAAGUUUCUUUAGCGAACGAGUCAAGUUAAACUGUUUAAACAGUGAAAACUGUAAAAUUAUAAAAACUAUUUGUGCAACAGAAGUUUACGAUUCACAACUUGUCACUUGUUAUUUCACUAAUACUAUUCUAGUUUACUUAAUAAUAUUAUUAGUUAGUAAGCUAACUAAUAUUAUUAGUAAAUUAUUGUGCCAGAGGAUCCUGUUCAUUUGUAUAUUUGUUGCAAUACCUUUUGUUGUAGCACUCGAAAUAUAUAUAUAUCCAUACAUCUUUUUUUCAUUUCGUUCUGUCAAAACAGAAUGUAAAGUAAAUGAAGAAGAAAAAAUAGGAGAGUGUAUAUAUAAAAUGGUACGAUGUUGAGUUGCAGUAUGCAAGCGAAAUUUUCAUUUUCGUGAAAGCAAAAGAAAAGUAUUUUAUGGGCAUCUAAUGUCUCUGCGAGAUUUACCAGCGCUAAUUACAUUGAAAUUUUAAUCAUUCAUCGAAAUGCGCGCGAGCGUGUGUGUGUGCGUAUAUUUUCGUAGAGAUACAAGCAUAAUGUGCUUGGUACAUUAUGCAGGAUAUUUAAAUGCAGUUAUAUUCGUGCAAUUUCACAAGCUUUUUAUUGAGAGUCAUAUUAAUUGCAAGUUCUCAACGUUUCUUCUGCUCCAACGUUAAUUGAAAAGGCAAUAUUUAUUAUAUAUACAUGCUUCAUAUUUAUCAGACGUACGCUUUUAUUAGGAUAAUAUUUAUUUUGAAUCAUGGUGAAAAUUUUUAUGUAAGGAAGUAUAUCCUGCAUAUGUAUAUGACAUGUACGUUUAUUGUGAACCGUUUUUAAUCAAAUUUGUUAUUAACAUGAUUAGUGUUAUUAUUAUUAUUAUUGUCAUUAUUACUAUUAUUAUUAACAACAUUACAAUUGUAUAUUAAUUAUUGCGAUAUUGCUGUCAGCUUCGUCGCGGAAUCCAGAUGAGUACCUAAAGAGAAUUUAUCGAUCGUUCAUUGACUAUCAAUCAAUUGAUCAGUUAUCACUAUUAUUGUAUUUAUACCGUAUAGUUAUUGUAUUGCCUGUGUCUACAGUUUCAACUAGAGACGGAAAAUCUUAUUUAUGUUUUUGUUACCCCUUAGUUAACAUUAGCUAACAUUCAAUGGAAUAAAAUUCAAAGAUUAUCUUUUUGUUUUAUGUUAUUUUCCCAUUUUUAUUUUUAUUACUUAUUUGCCGUAUAUGUUUUCUCCUUGGUUUCAUUAUGUAGAUGUUCAAGUGAAAGUUACACGUACAUUAUUGUAAAUUAAUUUCUGUUUUCCAUUUAAAACUACAUUGUUAAGUCGAAGUUCGUGCGAUAGACACAGGUAGUUCUAAUUUAUGUCCAUAAACCGAGCCAGCCUCAAGCCACCGUCCCUUCCCUUCCCUUCACGCCACUGCCAGGAAAGAACUAGAGAAAAAUGUUCUUUUCUUUCUCGAUUAUUCUUACUGUUAUUAGUUACUACAUUCUCCUUCCGACUUCGUCCUUAACGUAAAGAAAUUCGUCCUUAACUUUUCGCCUUGCCGUCCGCGCUGUCCAAAGGCGAUACGAAAUCGUUUCGAAGCAAAAUACUAAUUCUAAUAAUUUCUAUCAGAUGUUGUAUGAUAUUAACCCUUUGUGGAACAAAGUGCGUUUUCAUCGUUAAAGUUUUAAUCCAUAUAUUAUAUAACAAGACGUAUCCAAGUAUUGAAGUAUUCGAGCACUUUAAAAUACAUAUUUACACGCUCAUGUAGGUAAUAAUUUGAACAUCUAGAUAUCCAAAUAUGUACUAUUAAGUUACUCGAUUACUAAUGUACUCUAGUAUUCAGCAAAUAUUGGAUAUUCCAUAGAGUGACGAGAUUUGUUUGAGAAUUGAGUUUAAAGUCGUUGUAAGAGGAGUUUUAUUAAAAGGUUUUUUACAAAUUUAAUAGGAAAAUUACUGAAAGAUAUGUUAAUGGACAAAACAAUUUUAGACAAGAGAGAUGAUACGUUAUCGAUUGAUUAUUGGCAAAUAAUCGUUUAUUCGUAUCUAAUAUACUCGUACAUACGUACGUAUUGUAGUAAAAUGGCAUUAUUUGCGAGAUGAAUAACACAUAUAUAUAUAAAUCCUCGAGUAUUUGAGUAGUUAUAAUUGCCUGUGUAUAAUCAGGUACAUAAAUACCCAUAUAUUCAUGCACUUAAAUGUCAUAUAUACGAAUAUAUACUUAUGCACCUGAACAUUAAGAAAGCCAAGUAGCGAGAUAUCGAAGUAUCUGAACGACUGAGAGACCAAGUAUCCGAAAACAUAUGUAUUCGAGUGCUCAAAUACCUGAAUACCCAAUUGUUAAAAUACUUAACAAAUUUGGGAUGUAAAUAUUUGUAACAUCCAGAAUAUCGAUACCGAUAUCGAUACGAAUAGUAAUGCCGAUAUCGACACAGAUAUCGAUACGUUGUAUUAUCGACAAAACCGUUGUGAUAAAGCUGACUGUAACGCUGUUGAAAUCUCGUGAUCACUUCGCAAACAAACGCAGCUUAGGUACAUACACAUCCAUCCUUUUGAUGAUUUUAAUUGAAAAGUAUCGUAUCGUUCCGUAGCAUAGAGUACUAUAAAUCUGGAAUUAUUUAAAUGGCAUUAAUUAUUAUAUAAAAUUGUUAUAUACUUUCUUUUAUUUUAUUAUAUUAUAUAUAUUAUACAUAAUUAUUACAUAAUUGCGAUAUAUCGUAUUGUUUUAAAGGAAACAUUCCUCAAAGGGUUAAAACGCUAAAUUUCUUAAUAUAAUUCGAGGCGUAAUUAUUUUGAUAAUUAUACGCGUAUAUUCUUUGCAUAAAGAAAGACGAGAAGAGAUGGGAAAAGCAAAGGUUUUCCGACGAGAAAAGAACGAACGAAAUUCGGUCGCCAAAGCGCAAAGCUGUAAGUGACUUUUGCCAAAGACAUUCUGUCCUUUCGGGGGAUUUUAUUAUCCUUCACGUACUUACGUCCUUCACAAAGUUCCUUCGUCUCAUAUUAUAUGUAUCGGCAAAGCUCUUUGUAGGCAUUACCCCGUUGAAAUUCCCAAAGGAAGAAUCCGUAGAAACGUGUUCUUUUGCUCCGCAAAUGUAGUAGAUUGAAAAAUACGAUUGACCAUACUGUUGUUUCAAAGGAGAAAUUUAUCGAAGAUUUUCAAACUGUUUUCGUCCAUACAAAAGACAAAUAUAAACGUCUGUCCUCUACUUUUCACAAUGGUGCGAGUCACUUAUUAAAACUAGUAUCGUUUAAAGGAAACAUCGUCUUGCAUUUCGACAAUACCGGUAUUAAACGAUUACUACCAUUUUAGAAACGUUUUAUCAUAUUAAUGGUUUGUUAACCCUCAGACGAUGAAAGCUGGAGCAAUUCUGACUUAUGUAGAUAUUUCGUCUAACACACGCUCCAAGUUACGUGUGUUAGAAUAUACCAUACAUACAUACACGUAGAGAUUAAAUACUCGAUAAUUUUCCCUGCUUUUAGCUCCUACUUGUUACGUUAUAAAUCUGUUAUCACCUUCGCAUCACGUAAAGUAUCGAUAUAUUGGACAAAUUAAACAACGUUAAGAAAAGAACCUUUCCGGAAAAAGGCUUUUUCGCUACGAAAUAAAAUGUCCGACGUUCGUGACGAUGAUCCAGCAUUUAUCGGACGAGGGUUAAAAAAUUCGUCUGCGACUCGCAUUAAAAAUAAUCUCUCGAACGAACGAGUAUUUCUUUCUGUCUAUCCUUCAUCGAGCUUAUACGGUUAACAGAAAGGAGAGAAAAAUAAACGAUCGAAGUGAUCGAUAUCGUUUAACGUCGAAGAAAACGAAAGAAAAAAACAAAGAAAAACACGGAAGAAUGUAAAAGAAAGAACAAGAGAGACAAACGUCGUUAUAUUUUUACAUUCGUGAGAAAGUUGAUCGAGAACGAUUUGAUAUAAAUUUAGAGGGAGAGCGCGCGAACGAGAGAGAGAGAGAAAGCGAGAGAGAGCGAGAGCGAGCGAGAGAGAGAGAGUGAGAGAGAGAGA